AUGAUCACCGAGGGAGCUUCUAUACAGAGUGCAGCUUCAGACACAGCGCAGCUAGUCAAAGAACACUCGCAUGCAUUCAUGAACAGACCAAACUAUACUCAAACGGAUAGCCAGCCAUUUGUAGGCGCAGAGCCUAUCGAGAAAGCACCCGCGACAUCCACGGAGCCGACCAGUGCCGACGCUCCCAAACCCGCCGACGCACCGACAUCCGUCCCCAGCACAGAAACGAAGCCAGCAACAGAGGCUCCAGAAGAGAGCGAGCCAAUUGGGAAUCUUCCAGAUGCGAACGACUCCAAGGUUUCGGUGGGACCGAAGAAUGAAACAGUAGCUGGCGAGAAGCGCGACCUGGAUUCCACCCUGGAAUCCCCUCCCGCCCCAGCACAGGAUGCAGAAGAGCCUAAAUCUGUACCAACGGAGGAGCGUGGUGCCAAAAAGCAGAAAACAGACGAGCCAGCCGCGGAUAAGGCGAAUGGUGCCGCGGGUUCCGCUACGGAAAACGGUCAGAAGAAGGCUAGCCGGCCUAAGAAGGAGAAGAUCAAGGAUGCUAUGCACAAGAUCAUUCCGGAUGGCAUUGGUAGACGCACUCGCAGUCAAACCAAGGGCACUUGA